AUGAAAAAACUUCGUGUUUUCAUUGGAAAUAACAGAAUGCAAAGGACAGUUCAUGCAGCGAUACUUUUCUUAUUGGUAUUUUUGUUGAAUAUAGCGAGUUCCCGAGACAACAUGCUGCCAACACACGUGAAGUUGAGCUCAUCUCUCACCUGUCGGCUCGUGGGAGGAUUGACCAGAGAACAAAGAUCCGUCUGCCACCAAGCACCCGAUACUGUCGCCAUAGCCUUCGAAGGUCUACAAUUAGCGGUCAAGGAAUGCCAGCAUCAGUUCCGUUGGCACAGGUGGAACUGUUCCAGCCUUAUGACCAAGAGCAGUAAUCCUCAUAGCAGUUCUAUUAUGAAAAGAGGAUUCCGUGAGACAUCAUUUCUCUACGCUCUUACAGCGGCAGGAGUGGCGCACUCCAUAGCUCGCGCUUGCGCACAAGGCCGCUUGAUAUCUUGCGGCUGCGAUCCUUUAGGAUAUCGGGCCUCACAUGACCCCCGCGGCAGAGCGAAGGUUGACAAAUGGGAGUGGAGUGGGUGUUCACAUAACUUGGCUUAUGGCAUCGAGUUCUCUAAGAAGUUCCUUGAUGUACGGGAGCAGGUGGACGACUUACAGUCCAAGAUAAACGUCCAUAACAACAAUGCAGGGAGAUCGAUUCUGUCAUCCCAUAUGGAGGUGCGAUGCAAAUGCCAUGGGUUGUCAGGUAGCUGUCAGCUUAGGACGUGCUGGAGAGCCACGCCUGACUUUAGAGCUGUAGCAUCUACAAUCAAACGACAGUAUAGAAAGGCGUUAAUGGUAGCUCAAGAGGAGUUAAAUAAUAGUCCCUCUGUUCUGAGAGGUAGACCCAGAGGCAAGAGGCGAGGGAAGGCGCGUCCUGCUCCGAAGACCAGCCUGCUGUUCUUUGAGAGAUCACCAAGUUUCUGCGACGUGAACCCUAGAACAGACUCAGCUGGUACAUCAGGCCGGGUCUGUCGCAUCGGUCGGACGACAAGGACGGGAUCCUGUGACCUGCUCUGUUGCGGACGAGGCCAUGCCUUGAUCAGGAAGUCUAGUAUAAAACCUUGUAAUUGCACCUUCCAUUGGUGCUGCAGGGUCGACUGCGAAAGAUGUCGUGACGACAAAUGGAUUGCGAUUUGUAAGUAG